AUGGCCCUCGAGCUUUACAUUCACCCCUGCAACCACAAACCGCCUCUUUGUCAUCCUCCACCGCCUGACAAGCCACUGAGAAUUCAUAUCCAAGGGCCGUUGGAGUCCAUACAGAAGCUUCUUCCGAACGUAUCCUGGAAUCCGAUUGGGCCUUUCCCGCAGCUAGGAGGCCAGAAGCUCGCAAGCCUUACAUAUGAGAAACUGUACCAGGGCCAUAAUUGCGCUCCGGCGGUGCGGGAUGAGUACACGGCCUACGUAAUAGAAGAGGGAAUACCACUAUUAGACCGCAUCGAUUACUACGGCGUCACAUUUGACUACCUUGUCCCAGUCGAUGAUCCAAAUCCAGAAGUACUCUCGAUCAAUAUCAUCGAAGUAGACAACGACGGAGGCGCAUACGCGAACAAAUUCCUGUUGUUUCGAGUAGAUCCGGCAGAAUACACAGGGAAGAAAGUGCUCGCCGUGCCAAGAUGUUGUCAGAAAAAGAAAGGCACGCAGGAUCGCGGGCGGACAAAUAGCUUGGUAGCUGAGAGGGAUGACGAGAUCCGAGAUGCAGCUGCGAACGGGGCGUUGAAAAGUUGAGUGGAGAGGGUUGGAUUCGACACACCAGGGUCAUGCCACCGCUCGAAGGGAAGACCAGAGACCGCUGGCGGCAAUGUCUCGCUGUGCGCAAAGACUUCGCUAAUAACGGGCAGAGGGUGGAGCGGGGCACGUCGCCAUGAUCUGUUAGGGCAUGCCUUCUUCAAUAGAUCGAACCUCUGCAAUUCUACUGUAAGAUGUGACACAUUUAACUCACAUUU